GAAAAAAAAGACAGCCAAUCUCCUCCUAUAUUCUCGUUUUACCGUUUAUGGCAGCUGGUACACGGAAACCUUUAAAUAAGCCUACAAAGGCGGUCUUUGGAAAGAUAGACCAGUACUUCACCAGUAAGCCAUCCAGCAAGCCAUCGUCUUCUGAACCUGUGAAACGAGACCGGCCCAACGACGAAAAUGCAGAAACCGAUGAAAAUGAGGCGAAGCGACGUCCAUUAGGUCAAAAAGGAGGCCUCAGAGAAAAGAACAUGCGUCGCCCAUUAGCUAUGAUUCAAGGUUCCAGUGGUCCCUUGAAGGAUUCUACCAACACUGAACAAGCCAAGGAACGCACGCCCAUUUUCCAGGUUCUCAAAGACGAAGAUAUCGCGAAAGGGAUCACUGUUGCACAACCGCAAGCACCUCCUGCUGCUGCGACCACAGCUGCUGUCAGCGAAUUUUUCUCGUCACCGGAUCCACCACAAGCCAUGACCAACCCUUUGUCUAAUCGUCCCCUCCUUCGGCAUCGACCGGCAUUAUUGCGCCAUUCCUCCGUGGACGACCGACUGCUAUCAAAAACUCACGAAACGGACCACGAGCAAGAUAUCUCUCACGAUUCAAUAGAGCCAGUCAAAAAAAUGAAACCAAACGAUUCAAACGUUGGAGGCUCCCAAACGUCAUCUCAGUCUGAAGAUGUCAGCGAUCCACCUUACGAAGACAGAUACCGAUCUUUCUUCCAAGGCGACGAGGAUGAAAAUGACGACGACGAAAAUAAUGAAAACGAAGACGACCUUGAUGAUGACCCUUUCCUAAGCCGCGUCAAGCAACCAACCAAAUCGCAUCGUACUUUACAGAAUCUCAAACGUCUGACGAAAAGCAAGAAUGCAACAUUGUUGUAUAAUAGCGAGAAUGUAGUAGACGAAGGCUAUGAUGAGGAUGAUCCUUACAUCCUGAACUCCCCAAAAUUUCCGUUUUCUAUUCCAGCCGCCCGUUCCCCAUCGCCAUCGCCUGCCAUCGAGUUUUCCGUCUCCAGCAUGACUUAUCCUAUCGAAUUCAGUGGAUAUAUUGAAGAUGAAAAUGAAGAUUACCAGCAAAUACUAUCGCAUGAAGCAUCCCCCACCCGCUUCAAAAGCCCGCCCACCGAUUCAACCGUUCCCUACCCAUCUUUGCCUUCCGAUUUGUACGACACCCAUGAAGUUCUACCCGUCCCCAGAGGAAAAGACAUUAUCGAAAAAUUAGGUAUCACUUCACCGCAAAACGAUGAUGAUACUGCUCAACCGACCUCCCCCACAACUCCCACUCCCGAGUUGUGAUUAUGUAUUGCUACUCUCAAAAACUAGCACAAACUUAUCGACUGCUCCCCCUUUUCUUUUCCGUGUUAUUCUGAAUGCUAUCUUUUUUCCAUCUCCCUUUUUUUUUUCUCUUCUCCAUUGUAAUAUACCGUUCCGCUACUUUCAUCUCUUCCCUUUCUUUGGUUUUCAGACAUUCCAAAAACCUUUCUAGUAUAGCGGUCUCUACCUUCCUUGCACACUCAUCAACCGUACCAAAUAUAACGACGUCCAAUACGUGAAACCCAAAAAACAGAGAAACAGAAUUCUUUGGAGU